AUGCUUUCGACGGAAUACAUUUCGCUCGUCUUAUUGACGAUCUCCUUGAUCAAUGGUAUUCCAUUUUCUCCUGAAGGCGAAACUUCAGAUAAAAGCGAGAUAAUCGCUCGCGAUAUUGGAACAUGCUAUUUAUGGUACUGGUCUCAACCUAAUCCCGACGGUCUUCUAGCCAAAACAUUAAAACCACCAUGCAGUAUUUCCACAGCGUUUCCUCCCACGUUGCCUGGUGGUUGGACAACAGAUCCAGGUUGUGACGCAUCACGACAACCGAAUACUUGUGAUUUACAUAGGGGUGCUCAUGGCUGCUAUCGACAUGCUAUGUCUUCAACAGGACCAGGUGCUCAAGCAUGUUAUGAUAAAAAUGGUCAAUGGAUAUCAGAUCCUUGGAAAGGUGCUGGCACACUUGAUGCAGAAACACCCUUAGGUGACACUAUUCAAGCCGGUAAACAUUUUCUUGCUGAUGUUGUUCCUUAUUACGACUGCUGCAAAUUAACACUACUUUUUCAAAAAGAUAAGUGCAAUCUUUAUUACGAAAAACGUCCACCAGGACAAUGUCAAAAUUAAUUAGCCUUUUCAAAUAUCCUUUAAAUUGACUCCCUAAUAUCGUUUCACUAUCAAAAAGAAAAACAAAUAUUCAUACACUAUAAGAUUUUUCUUGAUUUGUUAAUCGAAUUGCUGCCUGAUUAAAAUCAAUAAAUAAAUUUUUCAAAAGUGCAGAAGUGUGAAACUAUUCCAUGUAUUUAAAGGAUUCUUAGUUAGUUCUUUCAUAAGAUUGAUCAUCUGAAUCAUUUAAUAGAUACCAUUGGAUUUGAGCAAUCAUUUAAAUAAUCAAUCAAAUACUAUUAUUAAUUUAGCUAUUUCACCAGAUCAAUAAGUGUAUGCUUCCCAGUUUCUCUCAAUACGUUUUCUACAAUAAAUUUUCACAAUUGCUGCUUUUAUAGUUACGCUAAAACAUGACAACUUCAUGCUACAUACAAGUUAGCUCAUGCAUUGUCUAUUUACUUCAAGAAUAUGACGAUAUGAAAAAUCAUGUGACAGGGAUAACUAAUACAGAUGCUGAGCAAAAAGUAACUAUAUACUUGAUGAAAAUCUGCUUAAUCAAAAUAAAACACACUCACAUCCUACUGUUGACAUCAAUGCAUCGUCACAUGAAGCUUAUUAUACAUUAUUAAAUCCGAAUACCACUUGAGAUUAAAUUGAGCUUACUUUAUUAUUCUCGACUUGAAAACAGAAAUGGUUUUUUUUACCGUUCUACAGAUGGAGAUAAAAUUAAAUAGCCCUAAACAGUAAAAUUUGUUUUAUCUGUAACCUCUUUAAAUAAGUGCUUUGUUUUUAUUUUCUAAACAGAAGCGUGCUUCAACUGGUGACAAAGAUAUCUAUCAUGGUUUUAUUCCUUAUGAUCAAUAUAAAAGAAGAACGACAGAUAUAUUGUAUAAUUUUUAUUUAUGACAAAAAUAAGGGCUACCUUCAUUCUUAAGUGUUGUUUUAUUCCUCUUUUUAUACUUCAUCGCGCAACUCUGUUUUUGCUACAUAAAACUGACCUGAUAAAUCUUAUCUGAGGGUUUGGGUAUGGAGUAUGGGUGUGCGGGUGUUGAGUGUGGGUGUGGUGGUGUGGGUGUGAGUGGGUGCGGGUGCGGGUGGGUGCGGGUGUGGGUGGGUGGGUGGGUGCGGGUAUGGGUGUGUGUUUGGGUGCGGGCGUGGGCGUGGGUGUGAAUUUCGAUUAGAACGAAGAGCAAUCAUCACACCCCACACCCCCACCCCC